GUACUGUAUAUAUAAUAUACGCCCGUGAUCAGCGUGUUUGGAUCUUCUAAGAUCCACUUUACUUGUGCCAUCUCUCAAGCAGCUGAGGUCCAGCAAAUAUGGGUGGCAUUGGGGGAGACUGUGGCAAAUACUUCACAGUGGGAGUGAUGACUCUCAUCAACCUCCUCAACUACGUGGACAGAUACACCAUUGCUGGUAUCUUGCACGAGCUGGACUCUCGCCAUACCAGUGGUUUCCGAGGAAACACGAAGGUGGACGACACUCUGGACGGUCUGCUACAGACAGCAUUCAUUGUCUCCUACAUGCUGUUCUCACCGGUGUUCGGGUACCUGGGAGACCGUUUCACUCGCAAGUACAUUAUCACAGGCGGUAUCCUGGCCUGGGCAUGCUGCACUCUCUUAGGAUCCUUCUCCGUGGUGAGCCUAGUUCACGGGGCAGCUUGGUCUCACAAUGUUAUUGUACCAGAAUGUGAAACAUUUCCUUGAAGCAUGGGCACUGUCUACUUAGUACACAAAAAAACAGCCACACUUCACUCAGUCCAGCCAUUCUCUCCGUCUCCCAGGACUAUUGGAUGCUGCUGUCCUCUCGAGCUCUGGUCGGCAUUGGAGAGGCCUCCUACGCCACCAUUGCCCCUACAAUCAUUGCAGACCUCUUCCCUCCAGAGAAGAGACUCCGUAUGCUGUCCGUGUUCUACAUUGCCAUGCCGCUGGGCAGUGCUCUGGGCUACAUUCUAGGAAGUCGGGUGUCUCUACUGGUCCACAGCAUCAACCAUCAACCAGGCAGCUGGCAGUGGGCACUCAGAAUAACGCCACUACCAGCUGUCAUCCUGGCCAUUGUGGUGCUGGUUCUUGUGAAGGAGCCGGUGAGAGGAUCCACUGAUGUUGGAUUCAGCUCUACCAAGGGAGUGCAGGGGAAGUCUGGAGUCAAGGCCUACUUUGAGGAUGUGCUCUACUGCCUCAGAAACAAAUCGUUCGUGUUAUCGUCUCUGGGCUAUACUGCAGUGACAUUCACAGUGGGCGCUCUGGCUCAGUUUGCUCCUCUAUUCAUCCUGAGGGCCUCGUGCAUCGUCACCAAACAGUAUGAGGAGGCGACGGCGGACCUGCUGUUUGGAGGAGUCACAGUUGUAGCUGGCAUCUUUGGGACUCUGUCGGGCUCUGAACUCUCCAGGUUCCUCGGCCGGUAUACCAGGAAGGCAGACGCCAUAGUGUGUGCUGUGGGAGUGGCCAUGGGGACCCCAUGUCUCUUCCUCGCUCUGACUGUGAUACAGUACCGUAUCAUGGCAGUAUCCUGGGUGAUGGUGUUUCUGGCCGAGUUUUUCUUCUGCCUCAACUGGGCUCCAGUGGCGGCAGUUCUACUGUAUACGGUGGUACCGACCCGAAGAGCCACAGCUGAGGCUCUACAGAUCCUGAUGCAGCACCUGCUGGGAGAUGCCUUCAGUCCACUGGUCGUCGGAGCUAUAUCAGACAUGGUCUACAGGUUCCUGGGGACCUACUACACCGACAGCGGGAGCUGUGAUGUGGGGAAAGGAAUAUCUCUGGAGUUUGCCCUCUUCAUCACAGUCUUUGUGUGUGGUCUCGGAGUGGCUGCCUUCCUGUCUCUCACUCUCGUAGUAGAAAAUGAUAGAAAGGCUGUGGAGAGGUUCUCACGAGGACAGAGAGACAGGGAACACGCCAACGUCAAUGGUGGACAGUGGGAGGAACAUACGAGUGACGACGAAGAUGAGUCAAGUCGGUUACUAGAUGAAGCAGUGAAGGAACAUUUACUCUCAAUUUCUGCAAAAACAUAGCAUUCCUACAACAAUCUUGG